GGCUACAUAUUAUUCAAAUCUGAUGGCGGAGUGACAAACUUGGAACAGGGUCGCCCAGGGUCUCUCAUACUUCUAGCCUCAACCUUGAUAUUCUCAGCCAACGUUACCCUUGAAGCUCAGGCUCCAUGCACAUAACGAUUGCCAGGAAUUCAAGGUAAUACGAAUUUAUGGCGGUUGGUGCCAUCAACUUGCAAGCAUCCGCGAAUGCUCCACUAGCAGCUUCUCCUGGUUUCCUGCUAGCAGGAGCUUGGGUCAACCUAUUUCUCUACACAAUCGAACUCCUCGUUGGAACAUACUUUCUCUUUAAAAUACCUGGAAAGCACGCGAAGGCUCUGGUGGCGCUAGCACUUUUGGUUGACACUAUUUCCACGAUCUCGGUUUGCCAAUUCACAUGGAUGGUGCUGCUAAUUCCCAACAAUUCUCCAAAAGCCAUCGCGGAACCAUUUUUGUUGGCCUCUAUGAUGAGCUCGCUUGCAGCCACCAUUGAGGAAUCAUAUUUCGCAUUCCGGCUUUGGACAAUCACUCGGAGCAAGAUCACAAUUACAAUCUUGGUUAUCCUGAUAUAUCUACCGAUGACUUUCGUCAUUGCCUCCAUUGGUCUCGCCUUCAAUUCGGGUGUUGCGGUCGACCAAGCUAAACUCGCAACUUUGAACAUUAUUGCUAGCUUUAUGGGCGCCUUCACCGAUACUAUCAUCGCCGUAUAUUUGGUGUAUAAGCUGAAAACCAUCAACGCUUUGCAGUUUUCGUAUUUGACGAAAUGUCUUAUCCGCAAAAUUAUUACAUAUACUGUCGCAUGUGGUCUCAUCACGGCGCUCUUUACCAUAGCCACCUCAGUCUUGGCUUUUUCCUCUGUCGGACCUUUCCUGUUAUUCUUCGAUUGCAAUGGUCGCGUGUACACUCUCACCAUUCUCCUCAACUUUAUAACAUUUCAUGAAUGGCGCAAAGACUACGACGAGAAACGUCGUUCGACCCGCAACAAUAACGACAACGACAAUUCGGAUUUCCAAUGGAAAGGUAGUACAUGGUCUCGGCGAUUCCGUUCAAGUCAAAGUAGUACCACAUCACCGCGUUACCCUCCUUCGGUCCUCAGUCGUAAUCGGAGCGCUGUAUCGGUCAUGCGUACCGAGAUCCACGGAGCAGUCAUGGAUGGAUUCCAGAAACCAGUACCUGGGCCACCAUUUUCCAUGGAGUCGAUAUUUAGUAAAUCAGAGGAAGAAUUGAGCUAACUUUGAACGGUCUGAGAGCAGGACUUGAGAGUUGCUUGAUCAUGCCAUUAUACUACUAUCACUGAUCAUUAUUGAGAAUAAUCGUCGUAUAUAUAAGCGUUUUGAAGUAGAAUAGAAUCCAGAAUUUGCGGUAGCGUUC